UACUGUUAGCCCUUUGAUUUGAAUAGCCGGGCAUUUCAGAACUUGGAAGUCCAAACAAGAGUCCCAGGUUUUAUUUGUGGGGUGACCAGGGAAAGAAGGAGAAACUAGUGUCUCUUAAUUCCUGCUUCUGGUGGUCCGUUAUAUGUUUAUCCACUCCCCUGCCUCAGCCCCACUCCCAACACUAUGGCUGCCCUUCCACACGCGUACUCAGCUGCCACUUCCUCUUUUUAGCUGAUAACCCAUUUUCUUACUCUUCCCCAGAUUUACACAACACUUCCGUUCUUUAUUCCCAUCCCACAUUCUCACCCACUAACAACCAGUGUUGCACAGAAUUUGAGCCCAACUAAGAUAUGUGUGUAGCCAGGCGGUGGUGGCACAUGCCUUUAAUACCAGCACUCAGGAAGCAGAGACAGGCAGAUCUCUGUGAGUUCCAGGACAGACUCUCCAAAACUACAGAGAAACCCUGUCUCAAACACAACAAACAAACAAACAAAAAAAGAUAUGUGUGUAUAUGUCAUGUCUUGCUGCACUCAGCAGGGCAACAAUUGGCAGACAGGGAAGCAAAACCAUAUCUGAGUCACCAAAGAGCCCUCACAAAGAGGAGAUACUAUAUGCUUCAGUCACAAGAAAACAUGGGAGCAGAUGGAGCGCUAACAACUCUGGUCCUGGCCAGCCAGAAGCUCCAAGCAUGUGUUUCCCCAUACCAAGCAGUCUUUUCUUUGAAACUUGGAAGAUUCACUCUCUCUGUCAUUUUCAGGAUAGCUUCCUUGGCCCACCUGUGCCCCACACCACUCUGCACAAACGUAUAAGAGCUCAAGCCGCCUCCAUGGCCCCAGGAAAGAUUCAGGGGAGAGGCCCCAUCCAGGGAGCCACACCUGCCAGACACCCUAGCCAGAAUGGAGCUGACUGAUUUGCUCCUGGUGGCCAUGCUUCUCCUUACUGCAAGAAUAACUUUGUCCAGCCCAGCUCCUCCUGCCUGUGACCCCCGACUCCUAAAUAAACUGCUUCGUGACUCCCAUCUUCUUCACAGCCGACUGAGUCAGUGCCCUGACAUCAACCCUCUGUCUACACCUGUCCUGCUGCCUGCUGUGGACUUCAGCCUGGGAGAAUGGAAAGCCCAGACGGCACAGACCAAGGCUCAGGACAUUCUAGGAGCAGCUACCCUUCUCCUGGAGGGGGUGAUGGCAGCACGAGGACAGCUGGAACCCUCCUGCCUCUCCUCCCUCCUGGGACAGCUUUCCGGGCAGGUUCGCCUCCUCUUGGGGGCCCUGCAGGGCCUCCUAGGGACCCAGCUUCCCCCACAGGGCAGGACCACAGCUCACAAGGAUCCCAAGGCCAUCUUCCUGAGCUUGCACCAACUGCUGAGAGGAAAGGUACGCUUCCUGCUGCUAGUAGAAGGUCCCACCCUCUGCGUCAGGCGGGCCCUGCCCAACACGGCUGUCCCAAGCAGGACCUCCCAACUCCUCACACUACACAAGCUCCCAAACAGGACUUCUGGAUGGCUAGAGUCGAACUUCAGUGUUGUUGCCGGAACUCCUGGCCCUGGGCUUCUGAACAGGGUUCAAGGACUUGCGACCAAGGUCAUCCCUGGCCAGCUGAAUCAAACCUCCUGGUUCCCAGACCAAAUCCCUGGACACCUGAACAAGACACACGAACUUGGGAAUGGAACUCAUGGGCUCUUUGGCGCAGCCUCACUUCAGACCCUGGACACCUCAGUUCUGCCAGGAGCUUUUAACAACCUCCAAAGUGGAUAUCCCCCUUCUCCUACCCAUGCUCCUGAUGGACACACACUCUUCUCUCCUUCACCCACCUUGCCCACCCAUAGGUCUCCACCCCAGUUCCACCCCCUGCUUCCUGAUCCCUCCACCACUGUGCCUACCUCUGCCAGCCCACGUCCAGUUGCAGCGUCCCCCCACUCCCAGAAUUUGCCUCAGGAAGCGUAAGGGACACAGGCGCAGCCAGUACCUGCAGUGUCUCUCAGACACAAGCCUUCCCCAGGAGAGGCAGCUGCAGCUGCACUAGCUUUCCCUGAAACCCAAAGCCCUGGGAAAGGGCUUCACGGGACAGGCGAUCAUAAAAUUUCAGGAACUAUUUUUUUAACCUAUCAACAAUAUUCAGAGCAGCUAGUUAUCUUUGGUCUAUUUUCUGUAUAAAUUUGAAAAUCACUAAUUCUCUCUAUGUGUUUUCUACAAAGGCCCAGACAGGCCAAGCCUUAGAGGUAGAUAUUAACAUUGUAUCAGAAAACAAAAAGGUCAUUUCCUUUACUCCCACCCCAGUGCCCUCAUUCAGUUCUCUGUCUCAGUGAGACUGGUCCUCUUGAUAAAGGAAUAACAAGUUACCUCUUAGACAGACACCCCUAUUUAGAGACAAAACUGAGCCUGUAGGAGAAUAAAUGAGAGCAUCCAAGAACCAACUAAAAAUCAAGGGAACGUUAAUGCUCUUCUCCGGGGCAACAGAUCUCCUGGACCCUGCCUCCCAGGAAAGCUAACAGGAAGCCUGGGGAACCCCAUUCCCCAGGUAAGGCUGUGCAAAUGGUUCAGUAAAGACUAGACCUGGACGUGGCAGCUGAGCAAACAGCUAAGUGCAGCAGCAGCUCAGCAGGAGCUUAGCCAGGCCUGGGCUCCUGCUUCCCUCCUGUGGAGGUCAGGCGGAAGUGCAGGAAGUGGCAAGAGCAAGGUUCCACAGCUCACACAGCAGGAUAAGCAGAGCAGCUAAGGCUCUUUCUACUUCCCACAAAUGCAUAUCUAAAAAGCAGCCUUGUGUGACCACCUCGAACUCCACUGGGAAUCCCCAAAAUGAAGGCAAACUUCUGGGGGUUUUGCAAGUUAAGUGUUUUGUUGGUGCUAGAAGUUUACAUUACACAAAAACAAAACUGUAUUGCCGGGGUUUACCUGCUACCCAAGAGCCUGUGAGAAGGCUGGGGGGAGGGAGUGUCUUCCUCACUCCUGUCCCAGAGUACAGGAGGAGGCUGCCGUGAAGGCGGAGAAGCCAGGAUCUCAGAAUUCCAAACACUGCCACCUCAAAAGCAAGAGAACAGUGUUCUUCACAGAGGCAAUAGGCGCCCCAGAAUCUCCCCCCCCCACAACUCUGUAUGGUAGAUAUUAGCCAUCUGUUCUACACAUGAAGACACCAAGACCAGAAGGGCUUCCCAAUGGUCACACAGCCUUCACACAGAAAAAGGAUACCCAGCCUGAGUCGCAGCCCUACCCAGUAUGGUGGCGUCUGAUGCCUUCCAGUCAGUCUAUGUAAUAGAGAUGUUGUCUGCUCUUAUGGUUUCUUUUUUUCAAAACAAGAUUUCAUU